CCUUGCGUCUUGUAAUAAGCAAGCACACGGCGCAGUCAGGGGAAUGAACGCGAGUAGACUCCCUGGUUUUGUUUUACACGGCCGUCGAGCGAAGUAAGUUUGCUGGAGGUUUAUGGUAAUUGCGGUUCCCCGACUGGCCUUCUGGGUAGAGUCUGUGAGUGGGAGCGAGGAGCUCUCAGCGCUCAGUCUCCGCUGCACGCACGGAGAGAGCAGCAGCUGGUGUCUGGUGCUGCAGAGCCAGAAAAGGGAACUGUUGAGAGCGAGCGAGCGAGAGAGGAGAGAAAAGCAAGGACGAAACAUUUUUUUUUAAAAGAAAAGAACCCUAAAGAAGAGUCGAGAAGAGAAGAGGUGUGAAAUGAACACAGCUUCCGAAAAAAGAGGGAUGUCGUGUAAGAGGAGAGGGUAACUACUACGCUCCGAAGCGGCGUGUUCAGCGAGUGCGGUAGACCCAACAUGGCGUUGUGAGGCAUCAGUGGGCUGUAUUAAUUGCCAGAGUCCGCGGACCGUCGCCACCUGUACCCGGGUGUAAUACGCGAAAAUCCCAAGUUCGCUUUCGUUCCGAGGAAUACCCGCGCCUUUAACGUUUGGAUCUUAAAAAUUAAUCGCUGUAAAUACUGAGGAUGUAUGUAUAUUCCUUGAAUUUUGUGCAGUUUUCUUCCAACUGGAAAUCUACCGUGACUCUCUGGAUCACUACAAAAAAAAGUAUUCUGAAAAGCCUGACCGAGAGCGCAAGAGAGGGGAAAAUUUAAAGCACCUUGGGAGCCUUAAUUCCUUCUGUUCCCCGACACCGGAGAUCGGUCGAUUGCGAUCAAACUACAGCAACAGCUUUUCUGAAGGGCAGCCCGUCUCGUUUCCUUCUGCAAGACGCUGGGCUGAAUGAGUUUGAGUUUUUGACUUGGAUGUUUGCGCUACUGUGAAACUAAGCUAGUGGAUCGUGUCUCCUUUGAAUUUUCGAAGCCUAAAAGUUACGAGGGGGAAAAAAAACAACAACAACAACAACUUAAAAACCAAGACGGGAUCGGAUUCUGUACGGAAUUCAGUCUCUCGGUUAUCACGCAGGAGCCAACCUCGGAAUAAAAUCGACCGCACUUAAGGGGACAUUAUGCUCUCCGCAACACCCCUGUAUGGAACAAUUCACAACUGGGUGAGCAAUGAGAGGGUCCGCAUGUGUGGAAUUAAUGAAGAAAGGAAAGUCCCUGUAGCUGAUGGGGAACCCCAGAAAAAUAGGUUGGAAUUAAGAGAAGAGAAUCACAUUACACCCAGCAUGGUGGACGCGGGCGCCGCCUGCAGGAUGAACACUCUGGCGGCCCUCAGCAUGGACCGGAACGCGCUGAUGCGCGAGAGCCUUCGGGUGCACGGCGGGAUGGUGUACCCUGGCAUCCGAGCGCUGUCAGCGGACAAGGCCAGGGAGGGAUCCAGCAUGCCUCUGGGCUACGUCAGCGAUCGCAUUCCGGAGCUGCACUACAAACCCGCUGAGGUCACACUGGAGAACAGGAAGCACCCCAAUGGCUACGGCACCUUAUACAAGAGCCCGCCCCCUGGGCUGCAGAAACCAAUGAUGGUUCCUGGGGGUGGGGCAGAGGCCCUGGGGUUGGACCGCCGGGUGGGGCCUGCCGAUAAGCAAUCUGAACUGGGCCUGAAUGGCAGCACAAGUUACUUACGACUCCCCUGGGUCCCCAGCCCUUACCCAGAGGCAGGAGUCUACCCUUUCCUGGAUUCCACAAAGUAUGCCCUUAGCAUGUACAAGGCCUCUUUUAUGUCCCAGCAUUCCCCUUACUUACCCCAGCCGUUGGCCUAUCAAUCGGUGUGUGCUGGUGGCGGCAGCGCUGGGGGCAGCGAGCGAUUUCUGUACCUGCCCCCUUACCCUCCUUCCCCCAUCACCGCUUCGCUGGCACCUCCCAUGAGGAUCCCCACCGCCACCGUUGCCCCCAGUCUCUCUCCGCUGGUCCACUGCCAGGAGAAGAGCAUGCAGAGCAUCGGCCCCAGGAUCCACCACGAGCCGUCCGCUUUCGGGCAGCAGCUCCACCAGCAGCAGCCCCAGCAGCAGCAGCAGCAGGCGCAUCAUCAGUCCCACAGCGAUCGGCAGCACAGCAGCAGCAAGCAGAGCCGCGCGCCCUCCAGCAAGGGGCCGAGCAGCAGCAGUAACAGUGGCAGCAGCGGCCACUCGGUGGACUCGGCUUCGGUCCUUCUAAUGCAGUCGCCGCGCACAGCCCCCCGCCUCCAUCAGCCCUCUGCGCCGCCUCCGCACAGCCAUAUGGAAAGUCCGCCGGACUUCCAGAAGCCACUACCCAGAGGCCCUCCCACUUCCUCUUCCUCCUCCUCUUGUUCCUCUUCCUCCUCCUCCUCCUCCCAGUCGGUGUCUCUUCCUUUCCCCUUCAUGGCUGGCUUGGCCCCGGAGCACCCUUCUCCGGCUCGUCCGGCCGGCCAGAAGCCGAAAGCCCGGGAGGGGUCAGCUGAGCACAGAAGUGGAGGAGGGGAGAGGAAAGCUAGCAAGUCCCCCUGUAAGACUGUCUCGGAGAAGCAACCGAGCCAGGCCCCUACCAAAGAUCCGGCAGAUAAGCCUUUGGAUUUGUCUGCCAAAAUAGCAAGCUUUGGAGCCCCUCCCAAUGGAUUUUCCCCCAAACUGGAAGGCAUGGCCAAACUGGGGCAGUCCCCGACAGCUCGGUAUGGGCUGCCCAGCCGGGAUCUUCUCAAAGACUCCCCGUCCUUCUCUGCAGUGGGCACUUCUUCCAAACCUCCCGACAGGCCCGAAAUAAUCAGCAAUUUGCACUCCUCCUGGGUUGUGCCAGGCCACACCCCUCUUACCCCUGAGUCCAGCCAAAACAUCGCCCCCCCCGUGAUCAAGAACAAGACUCUGGAACGUGUGAUGCACCAGCAGCGUAGUUCCUCCUGCCCCAGAAUUGGGGAGUCCAACAACAGCCCCGCUGCUAAUCCUGCCCCCACCUUGGUACCUGGUUUGGGUCGCCCAGCUUCUGCCUCCCCCUCUCCCAAUGUCAACGGUGAAUGGCCCAAGGCAAAUCCCAACCUUCCAGAAAAAGUAACUCCAGCCAGCCACGCUGGCAGCCAGUCAUCUUCUGGGCAAAAAGCCUCAAAGCCACCCAAGAGAGUGGAGACCCAGGACAUUACCCAUAAACCACAGCAGCAGCAUCUUGACAAUGGGCCCGCCACAACCCCCCUGUAUUUACCACAGAAUGAGGCCUUCCUCCCUCCAAGCUUAGCUUAUGCCAACAGGUAUAUGUCGUACUCGGAGGGCCUGCCCCUUCCUCACUUACCUCUGGCAGCGAAAGGCCCCGUUUACCCACAUCCAGUACUGCUGGGCAGUGGCAGCCUCUACCCGGCCCACUUGGCCCCGAAGCACGGACUCCCUUACGGCCUGUCAUCCAGCCAUCGGGAAUUCCUCACUUACCAUGACUCUCAGGAGAUGGUCCAUCCUCUGAUGACACCCCUGACUCUAGACCCAAAACCCAGCGAGAGGCUUGAGCGGAGGUCCCGGUCCCAGGAUCGCCCCAGGCAUAACGAGGAGGCCGUUCCCAAAAGCCGCCCCGCGAUGGAAGCUGCCGAUCCCGUUUGCAAGCCAGAGAAGGAAGCCGAAAGGGGGCUUAGCCAGGGUUCGAAACCACCGAGCAAGCCGCCGGCGAUGGACAAGGAGAAGAUCGUCUGCAUUGACUUGCUCCAGGACGACGCGGAUGGAGGCUCCCUGACCACGAAACACUGUUUCCCCAUCUCCAGGAAAGGAGACGCCCCGAGACACCUUGGCGGCGGUGACUGUGAGGGCAGCAGGAUGGGCAGCGGGGAAGGGAAAGAACCCGAGCUGAAGCAGCUCCUUCUUUCAAAUCAGACUUUUGCGCCGAGGCCAGCCGAUUCUGAGAGACAGCCAGAGAUCUGUAGCCCUCCUAAGCUCCAGGAUCAUGGCCCCUGUGGGGAGUUCCUCCCUGCCAGGCAGGAUCCGGCUCGGAGGAGUCCCGCUCAGCCCUGCCCGCUCCCUGAACUGCUGGAGCAGCAGACGCUGCGCUGCGCCAGGACCUCGGGGGACAGGGCCGGGGAGGAGGCCGGGCUCAAAGGCGAGAGGCAGGGCCCCGCGGCCCCCCGGCCCCUGGAGGCGGGGAGGGACGAGGACGUGGAGACCCAAGAGGAGGAGGAGGAGGGGGAGGGGGAGGACAGCCACAGCUCCUCCAGGCCCAAGAAGUCCAACCUGGCCAAGAGGAUCGCCAACUCGUCCGGCUACGUGGGCGACCGGUUCAAGUGCGUCACCACCGAGCUGUACGCGGACUCCAGCAAGCUGAGCCGGGAGCAGCGCGCCCUGCAGAUGGAAGUCUUAUCACAAGAGGACAGUAAUUUAAGUCAACCUGCUGCUAACUGUGAGCGUGCAAUGAUGCGCUUCUCUGAGCUGGAACUGAAGGAGAAGGAGGGGAGCGGUGCGACGGGAAAAGACCUGGCAGACGGCCAGCCCGGCGAGAGCGCCGGGGAGGCCAGAGAGCAGGCCGCCCAGCACGGCUGCGCUGUCCUCCGCGAGGAGCCCGCGCGGGACGGUGUCCCGCCUGUGUCUGGGAACCACAAGAGCGCUGUCCUCCAGGGCUCCGGCGCGGAGAGGGGGGAGGAGGAUGGGGGGCCGCAGGGAGAGAAGAGGGGUGCCGCCCCGGCCUGUGAGGAGCAGUUCCCCUGCUCGCGCUCGGCUGACGGGCAGGAGAGACAGGCGGGGGAGCACAUCCGCCCGGCCGCCCCACCUGCGCCCGCCAGGAAACGCAAGCACAGCAGGGAGGGUGUUUCGGGCGAGAGCGCAGCGGAGGAGGAGGAGGAAGAGGAGGAGGAGGAUCGCUCCACCGCCGCCGCCAGGGGGAAGAGAAAGAGGAUGCUGGCAGAUGACUGGCCCGAGAAGGAAAUUACCAACCCUUCUUCUGAACACCUCUUGGAAGAUUCCUCUUGUAAGCAAGUGAAAAACCUCAAAGUGUGUAUCGAGCUGACCGGCCUGCGGCUCCGCAAGCAGCGCCCCCUGCAGGAGCUCCGGCAGCUCUGGGAGCAGCAGGUCUCGCCCCAGAGGUCGGUCCUCGCGGCCGCCCCGCCCCCGCCCCCGCCCCCGCCGCACGGCAGGAAGGACCCAGCCGAGCCCUGCCCGCCAGAGGUCACGGCACGGGACAGAAAGGUCAAAGGCAGCUUGGUGGAAGAAAAGCCCACCAAGAAGAGGUCAGAGGGCAAAGUCAAUAGAAGCUGGUCUGAAGAGCCUCUCUGUAAAAGUGACAUUGAACAAGGUCUGCCUGUUCCUCCUGUGACCUCCCCGCACGCGGACUGCCUGGACUCGCCCCCCCCGGACGCGGCGGUCUCCAGAAAGCCCCCCCUGGCGGCGGCGACCCGGCUCUCGGACAAGAGGCAGCGACUCAAGGAACAUCGGAAGGCCAGCGGGCUGGGACCGCCGUCUCCCGGCUCCGGGAAGGACGCCGAGACGACCCCCUGGCUGCGGAGGCACUCGGACCUGGAGAAGCCCAAGGGCAAGAGGCAGUGCAAGACCAAGCACAUCAGCCUGAGGGACAGGAGAAGGGCAUCCCAGACGGCAGAGGAAAGCGCCGAUCUGGAAAGCCCAGUGGAACAGAAGGUCAGCCUGAAGAGGUCCACCAGGAAGAGGUCGGCGUCCGUCUCGGACUACGAGUCCUCUCCCGUCAAAAGCUGCAACCCCGCGGGCUCCCCGGCUGCGCCCCAGACCCCCACCUCGCUGCUGCUGCUGCUGCCGCCGCCCGUCGGGAACCCCCCUGCGGAGACCCCCACGAGCCGGCCCAUGCCACCUGAAGCGCGAAGGCUGAUUGUGAAUAAGAAUGCCGGCGAGACGCUGCUACAAAGAGCUGCCCGUCUGGGUUACGAGGAAGUGGUGCUGUACUGCCUGGAAAACAAGGUGUGCGACGUGAAUCACCGUGACAACGCCGGGUACUGCGCGCUGCACGAGGCCUGCGCCCGGGGCUGGUUCAGCAUCGUCCAGCACCUCCUGGAGCACGGCGCCGACGUCAACUGCAGCGCCCAGGACGGCACGAGGCCGCUCCAUGACGCGGUGGAGAACGAUCAUCUGGACACCGUGCGGCUGCUGCUCUCCUAUGGGGCCGAUCCGACGCUGGCGACGUACUCCGGCCGCAGCGUGCUCAAAAUGACCCACAGCGAGCUCAUGGAGGCCUUCCUCUCAGAUUACUUCGCUGACCUCCAGGGGCGCGGCGAAGACGACCCCGGCCUGUACUGGGAUUUCUACGGCAGCUCCGUCUGCGAGCCAGCAGAGGACGCGGCCGCCUUCGACAUCCUGGCCAACCCGCCCGGGCCCGGCGAGACCGAGGAGGAGCAGAGAGACGUCUUCGAGUUCGAGUUUUCCGACCGCCCUCUCCUGCCCUGCUACAACAUUCAAGUCUCCGUCUCCCAGGGCCCUCGGAACUGGCUCCUGCUCUCGGACGUACUGAAGCGGCUGAAGAUGACCGCGCGCGCCUUCCGCGCCGCCUUCUCCCACAUCGAGGUGGCCACCAUCGCCGAGGCCGAGUUCUACAAGCAGGCCUCCCUCAGCCAGCUCUUCUCCUGCCCCGAGGAGCUGGAGGGCUUCGUGCCCGACAGCAAGGAGCUGCUGGACCUGGUGGAGUUCACGGCGGAGCUGGUGGCGCUGCUGGGCUCCUCCCUGGAGUGCCUGGACACCCGCUGGGACCCCCUGUCCUCGCAUGGGAGGUCGUGACCUCUCGGACCCUCACACUGGACUCCCCACAGGAGAGCGCCCGUCGUGCCUGUACAUAGUGUACAUACUGGAGUAAAGCGCAGACUGGACUCAGCAGGGAACAUGGGAAAAUCCCAUUGCCCGGACUGUCGGGAGAUAAUUCCAGUUCCCUUCAGAAGGACUUUUUAAUUUAACUAUUACCUUUUUAUUUUUAUUUUAUUUUUAUAAAUAUAUAAAUAUAUAUAAAUAUUUCCUUUUGUGUGUUUUUAUUAUUUUAUAUACUGCCUAUUUCUUUUUCUGUUGUCCCUCAAAGAAGUCAGCAUUUUCCACAACUGGUCUUUUAAAUAUGAACCCAAUGUAAAAAGAGAGAAAUAGGCACUGAUUUUAAAGAAUGGUGCUCACUUUUCAAAGGUCAUGUGAGCUUCCAUGUGACUACAGUGGGAGACGCUUUUAUAUUUUAUUUUAUCUUAAACAGUGCACUUCAUUAUUUGUUUACAGACUUACCUGCCUUGGUCAGGUGAACGAAUAUUGUUUGAAAGAAAGUUUUCUUAAAUAUGGAGUUCGUAUCCAUAGCAACCAGACGCCCUCCUGCAUUUGUUUCCUCAUAAAGCUCAGCCUUCAGGAGCAGUUCUUUUUGUACCUGUGUUCAAACUCAGUUUUUACUUUUAUCUCUUAUUUAAAGAUGAAAAAUCUAAAAUAUUUUUUCAUGUUUUUUUGUAAAAUAUUAAAGAAGUUUAAAAAAUACUAAAAUGUUAUAAGCUGUUUGGCAGGAAACAUGCUUGAACUUGUACAUAACAGGGUGAUGACUGCAGUUUACUGUUUCUGACUGGUGUGUUUAUCGUUUUUGGAGACGUGUUUAAACUUUGUAAUUAAAAAAAUACCCCUUCAUUUGUAUUUAUAUUUUACAGAAAAGUUCCUUUAAAAUAAAUGGCAAUAAAACCAUAAGAGAAUAUGUUUC